CGGCUGCAGAAACAAAUUAGAGCUUUUGCUGAAUAUAAGAAAAUAAUGUCUCUUUUCACCAAAGUCUUGAACAGCAGUUGCAAACAGGCGCUUGAGCCUGAGAAAAGGAGUUGCUUUUUUCGUGUGAUUUUUGUCAGCGGGUUUCACCAAUUGACCAAACGUUCUAGCAGCCAGACUUUGGAGGUGCAAAAUAACACAACAGCAGCUGCAGCAGCAGCAGCAGAGGACAAAGAGGAAGAGAUGGUGGCAGUUUCAGAGGGGGAAGGGGGACUCUUGAAACCCACUCAACACCACCACUGCAACGUGAAGAGCCUGCAAGAAAUGCCUGGACCCAAAACCCUCUCCAACCUAGUUGAGUUCUUCUGGAAGGACGGCUUUGGUCGCAUUCAUGAAAUCCAGCAAAAACACACCCAGGAGUAUGGAAAGAUCUUCAAGUCUCACUUUGGUCCACAGUUUGUAGUGUCCAUUGCAGAUCGAGACAUGGUUGCCCAGGUGCUCCGGGCAGAAGGGAGAACUCCACAAAGAGCUAACAUGGAAUCCUGGCAAGAGUACAGGGAUUUAAGAGGGAGAGCUACAGGACUUAUUUCUGCGGAAGGGGAACAAUGGCUAAAAAUGAGGAGUGUACUAAGGCAGAAGAUCCUGAAACCCAAGGAUGUGGCUGUUUUCUCUGAAGGAGUCAAUGAAGUUAUCACAGAUUUAAUUAAGAGAAUCCACACGCUCAGGAGUCAAGAGGAAGAUGGGGAAACAGUGACCAAUGUUAACAACCUUUUCUUCAAGUAUUCCAUGGAAGGUGUGGCAACUAUUCUGUAUGAAUCCCGAUUGGGCUGCCUGGAAAACAACAUCCCAGAGAAGACUGUGGAAUACAUUGAGGCUCUGGAGUUGAUGUUUAGCAUGUUUAAGACAACUAUGUAUGCAGGGGCAAUUCCCAAAUGGCUUCGUCCAUUUAUUCCAAAACCCUGGAGAGAGUUCUGCAGAUCCUGGGAUGGACUCUUCAAAUUUAGUCAAAUCCACGUUGACAACAAGAUAAAGGAUAUUCAGUCCCAGUUGGACCAAGGAGAAGAAGUAAAAGGUGGGCUACUCACUUAUCUCCUACUGAGUAAAGAGCUUACGGUGGAAGAAAUCUAUGCCAAUAUGACUGAAAUGCUUCUGGCAGGAGUGGAUACAACUUCUUUCACUUUGUCCUGGGCAACAUACUUGUUGGCAAAGCAUCCUGAAGUUCAGCAAUCUGUGUAUGAAGAGAUAGUCAAUAAUCUGGGAAAAGAUCAAGUUCCUACUUCAGAUGAUGUCCCCAAAAUGCCAAUGAUUAGAGGCCUGCUCAAAGAAACUCUGAGGUUAUUCCCAGUAUUGCCAGGAAAUGGUAGAGUAACACAAGAAGACUUGGUUGUUGGAGGAUACUUGAUACCUAAAGGGACCCAGUUAGCACUCUGUCAUUAUGCUACAUCGUAUGAGGAAGAGAAUUUCCCAAUGGCAAAUGAUUUCCGACCUGAGCGCUGGCUGAGGAAAGACAAUAUGGACAGAGUGGACAACUUUGGUUCCAUCCCGUUUGGUUAUGGCAUUCGCAGUUGUAUAGGAAAAAGAAUUGCAGAACUGGAAAUUCACCUUGCACUGAUUCAGCUGCUUCAAAAUUUUGAGAUCAAAAUUUCUCCCAAAACUAAACCAGUCAAGGCCAAAACCCAUGGUCUUUUGACUCCUGGAGACUCCAUCAAUGUGAAAUUUGCUGACAGGAAGUGAGAUGCAAGAGUUUAGGAAAUUUUAGCGUACUCUUCUUUGAAAUUGACUUACAUCUGAUUGAAAUAUGAUUGUUCUCUUGUCCAUUGGCUUGUGGGCAAUCUUCAAAAUGAUUAAGUCUUAGAUGCUGACCUACUUCUAGAAAUAUACAAGAGAUUUUAUCCCGCUCAUAGAAGAAAAUUCCACAAGUUCACAUGGAACUGUAUGGAAAUAUAAACUUCCUUUUUGCACUGGGAGUUACCUUUUCCCUGGAGUAAGUUUUGGAUGAUAGCAAUAGAUGCACUGAAACAACGAUAUCAAGUUUAGACAUAGCAUAUUGUCUUGUGCUUUUGUUAGAUUGCUAAGUCAUGAAAGAUGAGCAUUCCUGUGUGUCUGUGUGGUGAUAUAUACUGUGCCCAAACCUGUAUAUAGAUAUGUUGAUUGACAUUUUCUGUUUGUUGUCUUCAAUGCCUUUUUUUUAAUUCCCCCGUUUUAGUUAGUUUUAAAAAGCAUUUACCUGAUAUGCAUCAAAAUAAAAUUAAUGCAAUCAUUUGAAACAAAGAUAUUGUAAAAAUAUGUGGAAGAUGCUGCUGGUUUGUUUAAACUCAACAAUUAGGAUCUAUUUUUAAAAAAUGUUUUUAUAAAACAUAAAGUGAGUAGAAAUAAUAAUUGCCCUAUUUUGUUCAUUGCCUUUGAAGCAUUUCGUAUUAGCCACAGUCGGAAGACAGGAGACUGAGCUAGAUGGACAAUUGGCCUGACCUAGUAUGGCCGUUCUUAUGUAAAUGCAUCUGUAAAAUUAAAAGCAUUUGUAAAAAAAAUAAAAUAAAACGUUUAAAAACAUAUUCAAAGACCAUGUUGCAGAGUUAUGAACCCAGAAAGUGUUGUUGUUAUGUUACCACAUGAAAAACAAAGUGAAAUCAGAUUGUUUCACUGUUCCAUUUGAGUAACAUGCAAAUAGUAAAUAAACAAGAAAAAUGAUGGAAAUACAUUAGUUUACAUAUUUCCAUUUCCUGUGACCUAAAAUAUUCCUAGUAACAAGAGAUGUUUUAAAAAAUGGCAACAAAAACACACACACAUACUUUUUAUCCUGAUAGUCUCUUUUUAAAAGUAAGAACUGGAAAAACUCAUUGUAAUGUAGUGCCUGCCCUCUGUAGGAUGGAUAUGUGACUGCUACAAGGUUUAUUGGUUUUAGAUUAAUUGACAAUCUAGUGGCCAGUCUAAAAAGUGUAUACUUUAAAGUUACAUUAUCUUUGACAGCUAGUGGAAAAUAUCUCUUGUAUGUGGCUUCUGAUCAUUAUGGCACCACUUUUACAUUUAUAAAAAUAUUCUUAUUUGAGAGAACACUUUACCUUGAAACUAUUUUAUGACUUGAGCUAAACCAUUUUGCAAAAGAGCUCAAACCUAUAUAUUCUAUAGUCAAAUUAACUGUAAAAAAAUGUGUAUAGUUAGCUAUAAACGUGUCUGAAUAUUGAUACUAAAAUGUGAGAUUGUGCAGAGGUAGUUUAUUUAAUGAUGUUCAUAAACCUUCUUACAUAUUACAUGGUUAUUAAAUUCAAGAAAACAUUGUGAGGCUAAUUUUCAAAUUGGGAUUCAUUUUUUCGUCUUCACCCAUCCGACUGUCAAAACCAGGUUAACAUGGGCUAAAAGUAAAAUUAUAUUCUUUGUUAUUCUUACUUUUGGUUGUCUGCUGAAUAAUACUUCAGACCUUUGUAGAUAGAGACACUCACUGUUCUAACCUGGGUGUUUUGGUUAUAUGUUUGUGAGGAUUUGGCAACAUUGAUCCUUUCCAUCGAUCUUCUAUGUAAAAUGGACUUACCGAUCAAAAAUCUGAUCUUGUCAGAAUUUUAAGUUUGCACAGUGGCACAAUGAAUUUUCUUGAAGAAUUUUGAGCUGCUUUAGGCAUUUUUAUGUACCAUAAGAUCUGCAGGCAGUCUUUAGAAUUCUUUUUGCAAGGUUUUCCUGUCUUGUGUGUUGGGUAGCUGGUUUAUGUUUUGUUUGUUUGGGAAGGUUUUUUCUAAGACUUCCCAUUUUGCCCCUUUAUUUUCUUUCCCAACAUCACCUCCAGUGACCCCAGAUCUGCACUGAUCCUUCAUUUCUCUGACAAUGACUGGACUAACCUUCCUCCAGAGCCAAUCUACGCAUAUCUGAGUGUCAUCCAGAAGGAAUUGCUUAGCAGAGUCACAAAACCUCUUCACCCACUGGAUUAAGCAUGCUGCCUCCAUUCCAUUCCCAACAUCUGUUGACCUGAUGAUCAAAGGGCCAAUUUCUGGAUCCAAAUUUGAAUUCCUCUUGGGGCCUGUAUUUUGCACUGUCACAUCACCACCAUUCUAGA